CCGAUCCUGCCGCUACAUGAGAACUCGGGUAACAACCGGUGUCGAAAGUCAGGUCUUCAGCUGGAUGAUGCAUUUUGUCAAGGAGUAUAAAACCUGAACGACUGAUAGGGAAUCAUACACUCCUAAAAACGAUGGACCCGAAUGAAGUCAAGGUUGAAGCCCUCUUGGGCAUCAUAAACUCCUCCGCACGCGAAGCAAUGGCGGAAUACAAGGACACUGGACACGGAGUUCCUGGCAUCGACGCAGGUACCCUUCACCCCCUCGACCUUGCGACGGAUACACUUGCCCUCAGAAAGGCAAUCAGGCUGCUCGAGGGUGCAUGCGAACAAUUGAACACAAUACUGGCUCCCCCUCAACACACAACAUACAACUUUGUUAAUAAUUACAACUGGGCGUGCAUAGACGUUGCCGUGCAAUCCCGUAUUGCGGACGUCUUGGACAAGCACCCGGGAGGUCUCAGUGUGGAUGCCUUGGCGGACGCAGUCAACCUUGAUAAGACCAAGAUCGCACGCGUCUUGCGAGUUCUAGCCCUCAGAGGUUGCUUCAAAGAAGUCAAGCGAGACGUAUUCGUAAACACGCGACUCUCUCUCAUGCUCAAGUCAACAAGCAAUGUCGGGUCUUGUAUACGACAUCAGCGAGACUACCCCAGAUAUGCUGCGGUUCUCUAUGAGAGUAUGAUAGACCAAGAGUUUGCAAGAUCGCACACGGUCGAAAAAGCCCCUCGAGCAUUAGCUCUCAGAAAAGAAGGAAAAACCAACAGCUUCUGGGAAAUGGACGAUGAGGCUCGCGAUACAUUUCACAAAAGCAUGAUGGGUUAUUCUGAGGUUCAGAGCUCGUCUGCAGUGCUGCAUUAUUACCCUUGGGAUAAUGUGUCCUCUGUGGUGGAUGUUGGAUCUGGGACUGGAGCAAUGUCCAUUCCUCUGGCGAAAAUGUUCCCUCAUCUCAGAAUAACCGAUCAGGAUCUCCCAGAAACUUUGAAGCUUUGGAGAACUACAUGGGAGAAGAAGGCUCCUGAGGCGCUGCUCGACGGACGCGUAGAGUUCGUGCCAUUGAAUUUCUUGGAGGAGUCGCCCGUUGUUGGAAAGGAUGUUUACUACUUAAGGAGUGUCAUUCACGACUGGCCGGACGAUGAAUCAAAGGUGAUUCUCCACAACAUUCGCAAAGUAAUGAGACCAAACAGCCGAGUGUUGAUUCAUGACUGCGUGCUCUUGCGCAAAUUCGAAGGGUCUGACAUAGGGACUAACUCGAUUGCUAAGGCGCCCGAAUCUGCAUUAUUGAACUUCGGGAGUCAUACAACACACCAACUUGACAUGGCCAUGUGGCUUCUUUGCAAUGGCAAGGAGCGAACCUUGGACGAAUUCAAGAUCAUCGGGGCCAGUGCUGGUCUAGUGCUCACCCAAACCUAUGAUUUCGUGGGGACGAUGCUCUUGGAGUUCAGAAUAGCUCAGGACUAAUGUCGAACGCAAUUUGUAAUCUUCUGUUAUUGUACUUUUACUUUCCCCAAUUGACAAUCCCAUGAUUGGACCACGACGACGAAGGACAAAGGACACUUACUGCUCUAACUUAUGUAUCUAUCGCGCUCAAUCAAGACUAAGUCUGC